AUGGAAGAGCAACAGCCUGUUUUGUUCCCGAUAAAUGUCCAUCACGAUGGUAUGUUCUUUUUUCACCCUUUUCGUUAUUCUCAUGGUCUUCAAAAUCCACUUCAGAUUAGACAGUUUGAUACGUUACAAGGGUUAGUGCAUCACAUUGAGCUUGAAAUAGGAAAUCCAAUAGAAGGGUUGUACUAUCAGUUAAGACCAGAUAAUUAUGUGCAAAAUAGUCAAAACAAUGAACCACAAAAGGAGAUAGAUUUACACGACCAUGAGAAUGAAGAUCAUGAGACUGAAAAGGAAAACAAUGAGGAAAGUGAAAACAAUGACAACGCUGAAAAUAAUGAGGAGAAUGAAAACAAUGAGGCAAGUGAAAACAAUGAGAAUGAAAACAAUGAGGAAAGUGAAAACAAUGAGGAAAAAGAAAACAAUGAGGAAACUAGUGAAGGUAGUAGGAAUCCAGGAGAUGGAGAUAGUGAUAAGGAUGAUGAUUGGGAUGUAGCUGAUGGGGAUGAUGAAUCAGUAGCUUCCUUAGAUCACUUAAGUGAAGGAGAAAAUGAACUCAGAGAAGUCAGGCAAGGUAGACCCAUUGCAAAGAUGCCAAAGCCAAGCCAAUUACCUAAAAUUGAUGACUAUAAAAGUGAUCUUGGUCAUGAGAGGUCUGUUAUACAAGAGGAGUAUGAUGAAUUCUUGAGGGACCUAGUUGAAGCAAUGAACAAGAAAGAUGGGGAGGAAUUUCAAGAUCCCCUAUAA